GUAAUCCCCGUGAGUUGGGCCGGAAAAGUGGGGAGAAAGAAAACAGAUCGAAGUUAAUGCUGGUAAAAUAUAUCAGUCCCAGAGCUGAAGAAGAGCCCCAUCAGCUGUUGUGGCCUAGGUACAGUUUCGGCAGGAUCGUGGGCUGUGAAGAUGCCAGGGCAGUUGCUGCACUGCCUUCUGGGUAGACACCCAGAGUCAGAUGUGCAAUUUUGGUUCACGAGCUUUGGCCAGACUUAGGCAACUGUGUUGAGGUCGUGGCUGGACAUCACUAAUACCCCACAAGACUCUCAGGAGAAACGAUAAACCAGGUAAAUCGAACAUUGUCUUGGCCUGGAAGCGUCUUUUUUUAGCUAUGGCUAACAGUUAGCCCAAGACUCUUGCUCAGAUACUCCCACUGGCCCCAUCCUAGAGUCUGAUUAUUUGGGUUUUCUGUUCUGUAGAUGAGGGAAUUGGACCACGGAUCUCUCCAACCUGAUGUUCAAGGAAGAGUAUUCACUUACUGCAUAGAGAAGAUGGUCAGGCACGGUCUCUGAGAGUACAAGGUCCCAGGCUAAGGAAGAGGGACAGAGAUGGUCUAAGAUCUUUAUGUUCAGUGUGACAGGGGUGACAGAAUCACAGGGGUGUGUGCACAGUCUACAGCUGGGGACAGUGAGUAGCAGCCAUGGUACAGGGUCUGACUCUGGUAGCCUGAGGCAUGCUGGGGCAAUGCGGCUAGGCUGAUACAAGACUGAGUGCUGAAACUAAAAUUUCAUAUGGAGACUGACACAGUAGGAGCAGUUUCUAUGGAAGCCCAUCAUGGGAGUUAUGAGCAAGGAGACUGAUCAUCUACAGUGGUCCUAGUUAAUCCUGAAAGGUUUUCUUCUGAUGAUUGGGCAGAGGUCCAGAUGACAAGCCAGCGGUAGCUGUUCUCCUGAAGUUAAUCUCCCUAUCCACUCUGUCUCUUCCCCUCCUAACCCACUCCCUGCCCUUCACACACACUCUCUCUUCCUUUGCUUUUUAUUUAUAUUUUUGGAGACAGACUCUCAUGUGGCUGAAGAUGACUUUGACCUGAUUGACCCUCCUACAACGGCCUGAAUCAUAGGCAUGUGCUACCAUGUCUGUCUUUGUGUGGCACUGGGAACUUAAUUCCAGCGUAUGCCAGGCAAGCACUUUAUCAUCUGACCAACAUCCCCAAUUUUAUCAUCUGACCAACAUCCCCAAUUCGGCACCUCCCAUUUGGGAAAGCUCUGGAGGGAGCAUCUCUCCACUCACAGCAAGUUCUCAUCCACGUCAAAACAAAACACUGUCAGUGAGGAUUGCCUUUUGAGGCUAGGUUGGAGAGAGGCCUGGAAAAUAUUGCAGGCAAAGGCCUAAAGGAGCCAGAUAUAUUUAGCCUUGAGAUAAAGAGCCACCUAUGCUGCCCCCCAGAGUCAGGAGUGGUGUAUAGAAGAGCCUGAGGUGGUAAGCAGUGUCCUGUAAAUGGAAAUUAGGCAGAUAGCCUUGGUGACACUAGCCACAGCAUUUAUGCUAGGUUAAUUGUAGCCUAUGGUAAUUAAUCCUGUCUGUACAGUAUCCCUGUGGACUAGGAUAUGAUCCACUUGUACAGAUGAGUUUGCUAACGCUCAGAUAGGGCAGCCAUUUGGCUGAAGUCUCAUGACUAAUAUGUGGUCAUUCCGUGCACCUUAGGUUGUGGCUCUCAAAAGGACUGACUUAUACUAAGCAGUCUCACAAAAGACUAAUAGAAAUACUGUGGUUAGACAGUAUCCUCCGAAUUUCACCUGUUAGGAACUUAAUGCCUAGUGUCAUGUUUAUGCUUUGUUGGGAAGUCAUUGGUGUUGAUGGGUGAUUGGGGGAGUAGUCUUGUUUAGAAGGCCUUUCUGGCUUGCUUUCUCUGUUUCCCCAUCAAACUGUCACGUACCAAACGAUGUGGCAGGGAGGCCUUCAACCAGCAUGGCCCCUUGACCCUGGAUUUCCCAGCAUCUGCAACUGUAAGAAGUCAAUUUAUUUUCUUUAUAAUCACCCUGUCUCAGGUAUUCUGUUAAAGUAAUCGAAGCACAGGAGGAGGGAAACCAGGUGCCUACUUCUAGUGAGAAAUGAAGCUGACACACUGAAAAUGCAUGCAGAUACAGCUGUUGAAAUAUCUUGCCUCCUGUCUUCUUUGUAUUUCUAUGUUAAAAUACCUAAGAUGGGUCACUUAUAAAGAACAGAUUUUGGCUGGGUGUGGCAGUGCACACCUUUAAUCCCAGCACUUGGGAGGCAGACUCUCUUGUGAGUCUAAAGCUUGCCUGACCUACAUAAGUUCUAGGACAACCAGAACUACAAUAGUGAGGCUGCCUCUCAAAAAGCAAACAGUAACAAACCAGAUCCUCCCCCACAAUUGUAGCUGCUGAGAAAUCUAACGUGUAAGGCAAGGACCUGGUGCCUGGCGAGGGUUGCCUUAAUGUGUGGUUAGCUGCUUUUCUGGUUCUGACAACAGACCUAGCAGAAACACCUAAGGGAGGCCAGGUUUACUAGGGCUCAUGUUUUCGGGGGGUUCAGUUGUGGUCAUUUGACCCCUGUACUUGGGCAGAACAUUGUGGCAGCAAAGUGUGCAUUCUCUAAGUCUUGAUGAUUGGGAGAUAGGGGGUUGGGUAUGAAGGAACCAGGAGUAUUACAUCCCAAAGAGCCUUACUCAGUGAUGUAUUAGGUCCACUUUGUAAAGUUUCUAUAGCCUCCUAAAAUCAUUCAGCAGACAGGGAACAAACUUUUAAAGCAUGAGCUGUGAGCACCAGGAGACUCUUCACAUCCAGUAGCACUGUUGUCCCACCGUGGAAGGCGGAAGGGCAGAAGAGCACGAGUAAGAGAGGAAGAAGAGGCUAGCCCCAUCAUUUUUAUCAGGAAAUUACUUCCCCCAGAUAAUGGCCUUAAUCUGUGCAUAGCUUAAUCACUCUCACCUAAAGUGAACCCUGCAUGGAAAGCCAAGUGCUAAUGCAGAGCUGUCUCAUAAGCAUACAGCUGUGGUAGCCUGAGCCAUGCUGCUAUUUAGGAGGAGUUCUGCUAUUGUAGGCCAUAAUAUGCAUGUCAUGUGGCCAAGGCCAGAUAUCCACAAGCAAGAUUUUCCCUUUUGCUGAACUCAAUUUGUAAACCCAUGCUAUUCUGUGGGAGCUCCCUUCUGGCAGGGUCUGAAACAGUCGGCCAGUUCUAGCUCUUUGGGUUGCAGGCCCCAUUGGGUUGGAUCUUUGUGUUGCUAUGGCUUGGCCACUCUUUCCAGUGAUUCCCUUAGCCAUCACAGUGAGAAGCUUAGAUUAUAAACAGGGGCUUCUAUUGUUUGGGCUUUAUGAUCCCUUCCUUCUUGAUGGUGCAACUUCUCUGAUCUCCUGUAGUUGUCUACUAAGUUCAUGAGGUGGUCAAUGUUCAUACAUCAUAAUUUAUAUGACUUUUAAAGGAUACAAGUGUUCAUCACAUCAGCAUCUGUACAUGUUUAAAGUGUGGGAGUAAAAUAUGGAUAUUUGGUCUGCAGGAGGCACACAUAUGCCCAUUUGGACCCUGAGUUGUUAUGACAGACCUGGGAAUCUGAUCUCAGCAGCUUCUUCCCACUUGCCAGCCCCCAUGGUUCCCAGGCAUUGACUGCUAGGAUACCAGAAGGGAGAGGGGAAAGAGGACAGCACCAGAAGGGACCAAAGGACAGAGCUGUCACAGAGAUGCCAAAGGGGAGGCUAGAAAGUGAUGGGUAGAAUGGGGGGUGGGGUAAGAUGGCCAAGUGUAAUGGGGUCCUGUGGUAGGGCCCCCCAAGAGCAUCUGAGGCUUAGUAGAGCCACCUAUGAGGAUUCAGGCUCAGCGGGUAGUUAGCUCCAUAGCUAUGUCCAUGACAGUGGAAAGACAUCUGAUAAAUCCGGCAAUCAGCAAAGGCACCGUCUUUUGGGUGACGUCAGAGGACAUUUGAGGGCAGGUUCCCAGAGGCCUCCAGUGCAGUCACCAGGAAGCACUUAGCUUGCCCAGCAUGAUGUUGAAUGACCCAUGUAGAAUGUCCACUGUGGGAAUCUUGCCAGAGAUUCCAGACCCAGGAUUGUUAGUGAGAACAGGUCACUCAGUCCACUAGCACUUGACCCAUUUGCAGACACCUAGAAAGAAGGUGUAUGUUCAGCACAAACUGCAUCACACAGAUUAGCCUCUAUAGCCAGUCUUUGUUCCUUUGUGGGUUCUUUUUCCCACCGUUUAUCCCCACUCCUGUUUGUUUCGCUAUCACUAGAUAGGAGAGAAAGGAUAGAGGGGAGACAGAGAUAGAGACCUCUGAAUCUAAUUUCUUUCCUUUUGUUUCUUCUUUUACCCUGCUACCAACAAACUGCAACCAAACCCCCUGAAUGACUGCCAACCCCACCUAUUUAGGCUCUAGCGUUUAUAUAUCCACUGAAAAUCCCCAGAACUCCAGAUGCCACACGAUCUCAGAAACUCUGCAUCUGGUAGAACCAUGCCUCUGCUAAAGCAUAAGGCAAAUCAGUCAGCUGCUUCGGAGCAGCCCCGGAGUCCCACCCCUGGGAUUAAAACAAAAAUAGUCUUAAAAUACUUUAAAAAAAAAAAGAGAGAGAGACCAAAAUUCCAGAAUUCUCACCACAAGCCUCUGUGUUGACCUCUAACUGGUUAGGUAGAGACCCUUUUGAGAUGCACAUUUCCAGGUGGCUGCCUGGGGCCACCUGGUGCUAGAUAUUUUGAAGGGCAGCAGUGCCGUUGCCUACCCUGUUGACUCUUUAAUACAGAACCUAAGAUUGUCCACAGUUUGUGUGCUAGGCGGCCAACAAGAAAUGCAAAAUGGCUCCCUGCGAGAGGUUUGUGGAAUAUCUGAUAGUUCCUGAGGGAUAGUGGCCAUAGUGGGCCAGAGCCACAAGUUAAGCCUGGGGAGAGAAUCUGCUGGGUUGCCCAGCAGGCCAUAGAGAUGGUUGGGAAUGCACAGUGAGUCAAGAGGCAAAGGGCACUGCCUCUGAUCCCUUCUGGACUGUCAGCAGUCAGUGGAGAUGCUGUCCCUGGCCAGAUGUGUGACUGGAGCCUAACUACUUCAAAAUGUCAGGGCUCUGGGUGCAUGAGUCCAUGUAUGCACAUUGAUGGCCGUCAGCUGUCAGGAAUGGCAGGCAGAGAGAUAGCGGGGAGUGGAUGACAAUGCUGCCAGUUUGUAGCAGAGAUAGUUUUUUAAAUCAGUGACACAAAUGCAUGAAAUAGGCAGUAGUCUCCUCUGCCUUAUUAGAAGUGUCGCCAUUUUCUUUACGAUUCCUUCCUGCAAAGCAUGCUUGUUUCUAACCUAGAUGGAUUCUUUCCUUAAUUUUACAUUCUGUUUGUGUUAUUUGCAUGGUUAAUUUCUGCCAUCGUUGAAGCUCGUGCCUAUCAGAUGUUGGUCAUUGUCUGAGUUUUCAUGGCUGUUUUAAUGAUGACUUUUAAAGUAAGAGCUUUUGCGUUUAUCUUACAAAGCUGCAGGAAACAGACUGUACCCACAGGUGCCCAUCAGCUUCAAGGACUUGGCCGUGCGGUUCUCUGAAGAGGAAUGGCGGCUCCUGCAGGAGGGGCAGCGGGAAUUCUACAGAGACGUGAUGCGGGAAAACUACGAGACGUUGGUGUCUGUGGGGACCUCUGAGCUGCUUCCUCUCUCUGCUUUCCUGUCACCUGCAGAGGCUGGAGGAGCCACAUCAGGAGAGAGCCACCAGGAUAAGGGACAAAAAACCCAUUUGGAGCAUAGUUCCCAGGGAGAGCAGCCUCAGCAGAGCCUACACCUCACCGCAUUAGUGCAGCUGGUAAAGGAGAUUCCAGAGUUCUUGUUUGGAGAAGUGAAGGGUACUGAGGACUACUCCGAGAGUGGGAGCACCAGUCUGGAUGGGGAGCAAACAAGCCCUGAGGUAGCUGUGGUUGUGGAAGCUUGCCCUCCCCGAGGCCUGCUCAAUUCUCUUCCGGAGAGCCCUGCAAGCCACCCCAGCCUGGCCACCACACCCACAGGCAGCUCAACUUCCAGUGGCCCUCCUGGAGACUGGGCACAUGGAAGCCCCUUACCUGCUAUAGGAACUGAUGAUAAGCCACUAUCUAUAGAGAAGGAAGGUGUAGGAGCCUCGAGAGAGACCUCCAUUCAUUCCACUCAAAGCCUGGGCCAGAGCAAGAGUUACCUAAGACAGGAGCGAGGCAGCAUGGGAACAGGAACCCUUCCUGAGAACAGUCCAUUGCAAGGCCUCAUCAACUGUUUGAAGGAGAUCCUUGUGCCCAGACCCCAGCACCGGGAGACAGCCCCACACUUGCCACCUUCUCUCCCUGGCUUGAGUGUGUUGAAGCAGACGAGAGCUGAGGUAGAGGCUGGGAGCCUGCCCUGCCCGGUGAAGACAGAGGCAGCAUCCGGAGAUUGUCCUCUUCAGGGCCUGCUGAACUGUCUGAAGGAGAUCCCAAAAGCUCCAGACCGGCGUCCCAGCCCCUCCGGAGCAUCAGACUUGCAGCUGCAGGAGGACCCAGGGAAAAGACAUUCUGGAGGGAUGAGACACCUCCAGACUCCUCCCCACCCUAGUCAUGACGCUGGCAGUAUGCUUACCACGGUGAAGGUAGAAGAUGGCUGGGCCCAGAGUCCCCCAGUGCCAGCAUCCUGCCAGCUUAGCAGGCAAGGCUACAGCUCCUAUUCCACUGGAGACAACAGAGAGGUCCGUGUGCCCCGCUGGGGCCCCAUGACUCUAGCCAGCAGGGCCUCAAGCUCACCCCUAGAAGCUCUGGAGGCCUGUCUGAAGGGCAUUCCUCCAGGUGGGUCAUCACCUCUUCAGUCACUAGCCAUCUCAUGGUCCAGAAGUCCCCAGCCAGGAGAUGCCGGGUCUCAGAGGUUUGAGCUACAGCAACAAGGAUCUCACAGUGAAGAAGCUACAAGGGAGCCACUUCUGCCUCUGAGCUUGCAGGGCUACAUGAGAGAAGGACCUGGGGUUCAACCCUGUGGCUCCCAGGGUACCCCUACCAGCUUCUCCUCAGCCAGCAGCAGUGAUGGGGAUCUGGAUUUCAGGAGCCCCAGGAGCAGCCAGGGGCAACGGCUUGGGAAAGGCUAUCCACCAGGAAACUCUCCACUCCAAGGCCUGGAGAACUGCCUGAGAGAGAUCCCUAUUCCCAGACCACAGGCUGCCUGGCCAUGCUCCUCAGCUGUCAACAGGGGAUUGAAGAGAACAGAGCCCAGGAACUGGACUGGAGACAGAGAAGGACUGAGAGGUGAGGCCUCUGAGCCACCCCACCUCAGACAGCGUCCUGGAGAAGUGCCCAGCAGGAGUCUGCAUCAAGACAGUCCACAGACCUGUACUCCCACCUGCCACCAAGUGACCACCAGGCCAGGAACAUGGCAAUGGCCACAAGAGGAGACAGCCACCAUGCCCUCCCCUCUGCACCGCCUGGAGAACUCUCUGAGGGGGAUCUUGCCUGUGAGGCCCUUGCGUUUCACCUGCGUGACUGGCCCUGGCCCCAGUCCCAGCCCUUGCUCCAGCUCUAGCUUCAGCAGCUCUGAUGGAGAAGACCUAAGACCAGAGCCUGCAUUUUGGCAGUCACCCCUCCAGCAGAAAGACCAGCCUCCCUCCUGUAAGGACCCUGUUCGUCUGUGCCCUGUCUCUGGCGCAUCUCCAAGAGUCAACAGCAAUAGCUGUCUUGCUGAAGACCCUGAGAGAACAGAGCCCAGGGACUGCAGCAGCCUCAGUGCAGGAAGAGCAGAAGAGAAGUCCCACCCACCCAGAAGAGAAGAUGGUGCAGAGCGCACAUGCCAGGCUGGCCCUGUCACCAAUGCUGAAGGAAAAGGAGGAGGAAAAGAAGCAGCAGCUGGGCACCCAUGGCCUGCCCCUCAGCUGGAGGAAAAGCCUGAGCCCAAGGCUACUGAAGACUCUAGGGACCUGGAGCCUGGACAUAGACCAUCCAGUGCCACAGCCAGGACCCAAGGGAAGCUGCUCUCUGGGGAUCCUCCGGAAUCAUCUAGCAAGUCUCCCCUUCCCACAACUGUCGCGUCAAAAUGGUCACCCACUUCUCUUCAGCCACCAUGCCCCUGUGGCAGGUCCUUGCAGCAGGAGCUGCAUAACCUUGGUACUGCCCUCACAGACAAGCUAGACCGGCUUGCAGCAGCCGUGGCAGGCCUGACUCAGGAAGUUGCAACCAUGAAGACCCAAAUGAAUCAACUACGAAGACACCCACGGAGCCUUGGACCAAAAGGUCAGGGUUCCUGGCGGUUGGCCCUCCCCCAGAGACCCCGCUGGGUCAACAGAUUGGACCACAGACAUCUACCCUACUGGAGACAGAAGGGCCCCACCAGGCCCAGACCAAAGAUUCUGCGGACCCAGGCAGAAGGCUGCAAGACUGGUGACCGCCCAGGACUCUCUAGAGGGAAGGGCAGUUUGGUGCCUCAGCUGCCUCCAGAGGCUUCCUUGGUAGAAUCUUCCAGGCCCACCUGUAGUUCAUCCCAGCAGAUCUCCUCUAUGCCUGGAGGCCACACUGUGCUGUCUGCACACCCUCCUCUGGAGCACACUGCAUUCCACCAGAAUCCCCUCUCCCCUUCAGUGCCUACUUCAGCACAGGUCCCCCUUGUGGCCUCACCUGCAACCAGUGCAGACACAGAACCUCCGGCUGCUAGAGUGGCAGCCAUCAGCAUUCCAAACCAGCCCAAGGAACCUGACGGCCUGCUAGGGGAAGCCCUCAGCAGAGACCUCUGGGGAGGUGACCACCGGGACCCAAGGUGGGGGGCCCAUUAACUGUGCUGUUUGUCUGCUCAGCCUUGCUGGAGAUUCUGGGUAGCAGGGACGUCCUGAUGGGACCCUCUGGAGUCCAGCCAUCCCAGGCUGUCUGCUUUCCAGGGGUUGUAGCUUCCUUCUUACCUGUUCAUCAACCAGCCCUCUCAUUGCUGCUGCAAGUCUGGCUCUUUGCCUCUGCUGUGCCAGGCCUUCAUGGUGUCUGCAUAGAGCCAUGACAGAGGCAUUCCUCAGCCGUACCUCUGGCUUUCUUGGCUCAGGUUCAGUCAGUUGCUCUUCCUCCUUGGCAAAGCCAUCUAGGUUCCAGGUGGCUGUCAUGCAUACCACAUGUGCACAGAGCCAGCUGCAGAGGGCACCACAAGGGCACCUUAACCUGCUCCUGGAUCUCAAGAACACUAAAAGGCUAGCCUUUGUCUGUCUAGAGUGAAUACUUCAGAGAUCUCAUUUAGGGAGAGCCUGGUCUAUGGACUAAGCUGAAUUUUCCCACAUAGAUUCUAAAAUUAAAUGUAUUAGUUGCUAA